AUGGAGGACUCUCAAACAGUCGAGGACAUCGCCCUUGAGACCCCGGUCUCAAAUGUCUUUAUUCCACCCUCAAUCGAUGAAACGGCCCUCCUGUCUGGCGACUCAUACUCAUACUUCUCGCCCAUUCCCCCAUCACUUCUUCCGCCGACAUCAGAAACCACAACAUCCUCAGAGACACCAGCAACAGGAACCCCCGUCUGCCUCGGCGUAGACGAAGCCGGCCGCGGCCCCGUUCUGGGGCCCAUGGUCUACGGCGUCUUCUUCCUUCCCCUUCCCCUCUCAGAUCCCCUCCUCCGCGAGACCCACCAUUUCGACGACUCCAAGGUCCUUACUCCGGCCGUCCGCUCCCAACUCAUGACAGCGCUCUGUACCCCCGGCUCCGACCUCUUUGAGUCCUGCGGCUUCGCCACCCGAUCCCUUUCGGCGCGCGAUAUCUCCACGGGUAUGCUCCGCCCGGGCGCCACCUACAACCUUAACGCUCAAGCCAUGGAUGCCACCGUUGAUCUCAUCAAGGGUGUCUUUGCCCGCGGAGUCAAUGUUACCGAGAUCUAUGUCGAUACCGUCGGCCAGCCCGCCGCCUACCAGGCAAAACUCCAGCGCUUCUUCCCCGCGACCAAGAUCACCGUCGCCAAGAAGGCGGAUAGCUUGUAUCCCUGCGUCUCGGCGGCCUCCGUCUGCGCCAAGGUUACUCGCGACGCUGCGCUCGAGGUUCUGUAUCGUGCGCGUGCGCCUGAGGCCGCUGAAGCGGAGGAAGGCAUGGCUUGGGGCUCUGGUUACCCCUCUGACCAAAGAUGCGUGUCAUGGAUGAGGGGCAACAUGCAUCCCGUCUUCGGAUGGGGCCCCGAAUGCCGGUUCAGCUGGGGCACUGCUAAGGACAUGCUCGAGGCCAAGGGGAAUUUGAAAGUGGAUUGGCCGGUCGACGAUGACGGCGAGGCUCGCAUGACCGAUUUCUUCAUGUCGGCAGACAGAGAGGACGGUGAUGAGUUGGGAACUUGGUUCGGAAGGCCUGCAGGCCUUGAGGCGUUCUGA